CCCACGACGACGUGCUUCGGUGCACCGCAUAGCCCGCAGCUACGUCGGCGACGUGUUGCGUUGACCGAGCUGUGCCUGCGGUCAAGUUGGGUUAGCAUUUUCCGUAUGCAAUUAUUCACCUCCUGACGCAGUAAAACUUUGCCGCUUAGCUCGCGGUAUGUUCCCGGUGCACGUGCCCAACUUUUGCAACUUCUGUUCGUCGAUCUGUCGGCGGUGCUCCGAAUUCCGAAACUCGAGAACGAGUGAUGAGUUUUCCUGCAUCCGCAGGGAUAGGUCGAGGCACUCCGAUUGCGUGUCGCCCAAGACGUGUUUUUAGCUGCUGAACUGUCCCGGUCGUGCCUUUGGAGGACUCUCCUUUUGCUGUAAGUCGGGAUCUAGCCAUGUUGCGUCGAUUUCUUCAGCUGGGUGCCCUGGCUGGCACCAGUGGUGCCACCUACCUGGCAUUGCGCAACAACCAGUGGGAUGUCUCCAACAUUGGCAUUGUGCGCUUUGGACGGGCUGCAGCCACUGUGUCCAGGAUAGCCUGCGACUACAAGUUGGCUACCCUGGGAAUGGAUCAAGACUCUGAGGAGUAUGCCAAGGCACGCUCAGAGGUGCACCAGCGAUCGGCGGAGCGGCUGCUUCAGCUGUGCUGCAUCAAUGGGGGUGUCUUCAUCAAAGUGGGUCAGCACGUGGGUGCCCUGGACUACCUGCUACCCAAAGAGUACGUCCGCACACUGAGGGUGCUUCACAGCAAAGCACCGGCCUCUCCGCUCCACAACAUCCUCCAGGUGCUCCGCGAGGACCUCGGGCAAGACCCGGAGGAGGUGUUCUCCUCGUUCUCCGAGCAACCAAUUGGGGCAGCGUCCCUGGCCCAGGUCCACCGUGCCACCCUGCGCACUACAGGUGAAACAGUGGCCGUCAAGGUGCAGCACCCUUCUGUGCUGGGGAACUCCCUCGUCGACAUGGCCACCAUGGAGCUGCUGGUGAACAUUGUGGCCAAGAUAUUCCCAGAGUUCUCGCUCAUGUGGCUGGCAGAGGAGACCAAGCGCAACCUCCCUCUGGAGCUGGACUUUGUCAACGAGGCACACAACACGGAGCGGGUUCGCCGCAUGUUCUCCCACUUCCCAUGGCUCGAGGUACCUGAGAUCCACUGGGACCUGACCGCAAGGCGUGUGAUGACCAUGCAGUUCUGCGAGGGUGGCCAGGUCAACGACAAGGCCUACAUGGAAAAAAAUGGCAUAUCAGCCAUGGAGGUGUCCAGCCGUCUUGGCCAGCUGUACAGCGAAAUGAUCUUUGUCCAAGGUUACGUGCACUGUGACCCCCACCCAGGAAACCUGCUGGUGCGACAGGGCAGCCAGGGACCGACGCUGGUGCUGCUUGACCAUGGCCUGUACACGGAGUUGACCGACCAGUUCCGACUGCAGUAUGCUCACAUGUGGCUAGCCCUGAUCCGGCGGGACCUCGAGUCUCUGCAGUACUGGGGUAACCAGCUGGGUGUGUCGGGCGACCUCUACAAGGUCCUCUCGUGCAUUGUGUCGGGCCGCUCGUGGACCUCCAUCACUCGGGGCAUUGACCGCCAGAAGCACACCAAGGCAGAGGGUUCUGAAAUCAAGGAGUUUGCGAGCCAGCACUUCCCGCUCAUCUCUCAGAUCCUGGGCAUGGUCCCUCGGCAGAUGCUGCUCAUCUUCAAGACCAACGACCUGCUGAGGGGCAUCGAGACCAGCCUAGGGACACGAGGUGCGGCCCGUUCGUUCAUCACCAUGUCUCGGUGCUGCGUGCGUGCUGUGUAUGAGGACCAGCUGAAGCACUGUGCCAACUGGUGGUCUAGAAUGGUAGUGGUGGUGCGUGCCUGCUUCGCACAGUCGGCCAUCACGGUGUACCAGACUUUCCUGUGGUUUAGGACUAGACCGCUUGUGGGGAAGGCUGCUCAGGUCGGGCGAUGCGGCAUGAGCGAAGGACGUGCGAGUCCUGUAACUGUGGCCUGUUGUUUGGCAACACAAAUAUGGGCAUGACUGGAUUUGUCAAGACUCUCCAGUGAACACCACAGAACAUGUAUGAUAUGAUGAGGCGCAUGUUCUUGUGGUAAAACACUAAGGGAUGGGAUGUUUUCGUCUCGAGAAUCUCAUCAGGGGGGCUAUUUUGUAAGCGUUCUAUCACAGAACGGAGGUAGUCCGUUCUAUCGGGCCGCACGCGAUUGGUGGACGCUCGUUUGACGGUGAAGACGUGAGAAUAGGCAAGAACGGUCAUAGAACGCUCGCCGGCUCCAUUCUAUCAAUAGAAAGGAUACAAAACGGUCUCUGGACGACUUGGAUUGUAUCGAAACGUAAGCGCUGGGGCCGGGGAAUUGAAUUUUGAUCCAAUUGAAGUCGUCCGGAGACCGUUUUAUAUCAGUUCUAUCGAUAGAACGGAGCCGGCGAACGUUCUAUGACCGUUCUUGCCUAUUCUCACGUCUUGACUGUCAAACGAGCCUCAACCAAUCGCGUGCGGCCCGAUAGAAUGGACCACUUCCGUUCUACGACAGAACGCUUACAAAAUAGCCCCCCAGAACUGUUCUUACAUUGUGAGUGCCUGUAUGAUGCGUCACGUUGAUGCGAAAUGUGAGUAGGGACAUGUUGAGACUGAGUGCAUUUGUACGUUUGACUCCAAAGUGGUGGGCGCAGUCGACUGUGGAAGGCUGUUGUGUUUUGUAGCAAAAUGCUAGGAAUUCGUUUAGCCAGCUUUUUACUUCUAGUGUACCGAAAUCUUGUUGUCACAGUUUGCACUGAAUUGCAAGAAUGUAUGAAAUACGCCUAUUUUAGUGCCUUUAUUGCAUGCUUCGAUGCACUAGGUGUGAAUGUUCAGAAGUAAGAUUGCAGAGGACAAAGCUGUUGAGCAGUUUUUCUGGAGCAGAAAAUGUCCGUCACAUGAAAGAAAAUUUCCAUCCGUCCUGCUCUUAUCUGCUGCCAUUUGAAUGUGUUUCAUGAAUAGUGCGCAUGUAAAAUGCGUGUGCUGGUUCAGUUUAGAAUCACUGAACUUAAGUUUAAGGAAGCAGCUCCAUGACUUCAUAUUUUUUUUCUCGGCACUGGUCUCCGGUAUCAACGUGCCAGCAUAUUUUUAGCAACUUCACCCUUUUUCUGGUGUUAUAAUACUACUUACAUGAUGUGUAAUAUGUAGCUCUCCAAUUACUUUUAUCGUGCCUGUGAUUUAUGGUUAGACUGUGAGUGAGCACGUCACAAAAUGGAGAAACAAGGGACGUUCUCAAAGUGGCAAGUAUUGAAUGAAACAGAAAAGUAUUUCAGCCAUUGAAGGUGGUGUUUAUACAUUCACUGUGGCUGUGCCACCAGUCUGUUACGGAAUUUACUCUGACAAUGCAGCUGUUGGAAGACUUUUUGUUCACAUGUGUGUGAAAAGUUGAGACAGGCGAGAAAAUAUAUGCUUUCUCAGUUUUUAUGCCAGCGUUGUGGCGCCAUGAAACAUGACAUGAAGAAAACAUGCACAUCUGCAUGCCCCGUUCGUGGGUCUUGACACACAGGAAUUGACAAUCCCAAAGAGCGGAGCAGCAUUUGUCUAACAGGUGCCGUCCUUUGUGGAAGUAGGGAUGCAGUAAUGUGGUCAUCUUAUAGCACAACUUCGUUAUGGCAAGGUCACAUGGGACAUUAGAAAAACGACCCACUUUGAUAGCUUAGCACUUAAGGUGUUGCGCUGUUGAUAUUGAGGACAUGUAUUCAAUUUCUGGCCACGGUGUCUGCAUUUUGAUGGGAGUGAAAUGCAAAUGCACCUAUGGACUUAAAUUUAGGUUACAUGUCAAAGAAUCCCAGGUGAUUGAAACUAAUUUGGAGUCCUCUGCUGUGACUGUAUAGUCUAUGAGAAAGCAGAACACGAGUCAUUUUUCUUCAUAAAAAUUGUCCAGUGCAUGAAUAAAAACAUACAUCGCUGACUAGCCCCGCAAUGUGUUUGUAAAAUGAGUGAUUUCACGACGAUCGAGAACAGUUUCAGUUUGGCACGAUGUUUUAGAGGGACACUGAAGAACUAAUCGUGUCAUUUUAGUAAAUACCUUUUCACAAUGGUAGAAGCACCACUCUUGCCAUGAGAAGACGCCUUGUAAGCGAAGAAAAAGUGCAAAAAGAAAAUGCAGUGAAGUUUUUGCAUCUACUGCUGUGACUUCAGGGAUUCUGAUGUCAUCUGCUAGGGCCUCCAUACCUGGUGCUUUAAUCGCUAAAAAUGAAGUG